CCAAAUCCAGGGCUCGCAAGAAAGAAACAAAGCACCCACCAAGUUCUUCAUAAAUUUGAUGUUUGUUUGUGGAAAUCAAUCGUUAGUUAAGAACUGAAUCGAAUUGGUUUUUGUUGUUGUUGUUGUUGUUCCUGCAUGGGAAAUCUGUGAUGUCUGAAUCAUACUCAGACUCAGAUUCCAGUUGUUGCUCAACUAGAUCUGAUGCUGCUGCUUCAGCUGAACUGAAGCUGUACCGAGCCUUCAUCUUCUCCGUUCCAAUCUUCUUCACUCUCAUUCUCCUCUUCCUCUUCUACGUCUUCUACCUUCGUCCUCGAAGGGUGGAUUGGGCUUCUCUCAGAAUGAGAUCAUCACUCUCCGUUUCACAGGAUGACAAUGACAAUGGCAAUGACAUCUCCACUUCUGGUGCUUGUUUGGGGUUGAAGAAAGAAUUUAGAGAAAUGCUGCCUAUUAUUGUGUACAGGGAAAGCUUCUCCGUCAAUGACACACAAUGCUCAGUGUGCCUUUUGGACUACCAAGCAGAAGAUAGACUUCAACAGAUACCGGCAUGUGGCCAUACCUUUCACAUGAGCUGCAUUGAUCUUUGGCUUUCCAGCCACAGUACCUGCCCUCUCUGCCGCUUGUCCCUACUAACUACUGCUAAAUCUUCAACACAGACAAUAUCCAAUGUGCAGAGCAAUGAAGAAACACAGGGAUCACAGAGCAAUGAAGAAACACAGAGAUUACAGAGCAAUGAAGAAACACAAACUGUGGAAUACUCUGACCCUAGGCAUCUAGAAACCACUGUUCUCCAGAAUGCCUCUGGACAAAUAGAAAUUGGCGCUCACUGCAUUGAUGUUGAAGGGCAAAAUGCACAACACAAUCAAUUGGAGCAUGAAUAUAUAUGACAGAUUCUUCAGGGUCCAAUGACAACCCUGUUCCUUCCAACUAAGUUGAAGCCUCCAUAAUGUGCUCAGCAAUCUGCACAGCAUUAUACUUCAGCAAGAACUGUCUUCAUUCCAUGAACUAUAUAUAUACCUUUGAUGGCCCAUUUGGAUUGCCACAUUCUUAUUGUAACUUGUAAAAUACUGAAUGGAUAUUGUAAGUAUUCUUAUUUUUGCUUUAUAUAUGUUUCUAACAGUUUAUGUACCCUCACACGUUGACGGACUAGGGAAUAUACCCCUCAAUCAAGAUGCCCCGAGUUCAACCCCAGCUUCAUCAAUGCAAUCAAGGUCUCUUAAGUUUGGCGUGGGCUUACAUAAUGCUCAUCAAGGGCUGCGUAUCUUCCUACCCGCCAGUACGGUGAGAGCUUACAUAUAGCUGACAAAUCUUAGUUCGUUCCUCAUAACUUUGUUUCUCAUAACCUGGUCUUCAUAACAUUUGUCUUCACAACCUUUUUGGUCUUUAGACCCUUGUCUUCAGAAUCUUGGUCUUCAAAACCUUUUUCUCUUUGUUGUAAGAAGAGGUCUCUCCUGACUAUGACAGGAGUAUUUUGAUUAUGACAACCAAUUACUUGAAGAAGGGUUUACAUGAA